AUGCUUAGCACAGAAUAUAGUGAUAAUAUAGCAAGAUUCAAAAUUGUAUCUGACAAUAGUGAACCUCACAUACUCAAAUCAAGUAUCGAAAUAGAAAGGCAAAGAUGUGAAAUUCAUAAUAAGUUCAUCAAUUUAUUACGAUCUAACAGUGAGAAUGGAGAUAGUAAAGACAAGAAAGGAGAAAAUACAGAUAUUAUGGUAGGCAAAAAACUGGAAGAAUGUCUUAACACUGAGACAAUUGAAAGAAUACAAGCAUCCUUUGAGAAACUGCUCAGAAUCAGUUUCCUGAGAGGUGAUAGUUGGAAAAAGAUUAUCCCUGAGAAAAUGUAUCACCUUGUGCAUACAGAUCUUACUUUACUGGCAAAGAAAAAUCAAUUACCAAAAAUCCUAUAA